UCUCGGUACAUCUCUCUCUCUCCCUCCUUUGAUCAGUGGGUGAGAGGGGGGAGACGAGCAACACACAACGGAGAGUCCGGCGUGCGCCUCCGUCAUCAUCUUGUUGGCUCAUCCUUUCAUCACACCACCGGUCCUGGAUCCUCCAGCCCAGGUCCUGGAGAAUCCCGAGUCUGCAGCAGCGCACCAUCUGCUUUAUUUCCAGCCUUUAUCUGAAUGACGGGCGGAAGGUUUGACUUCGACGAUGGUGGCACAUACUGCGGGGGGUGGGAGGAUGGCAAAGCCCACGGACAUGGGAUCUGCACCGGACCCAAGGGCCAAGGCGAGUACGCCGGGUCCUGGUCGCACGGCUUUGAGAUAGUUGGGGUGUACACCUGGCCCAGUGGGAAUACCUACAAGGGCUACUGGUCCCAGGGGAAGCGGCAUGGGCUGGGUGUGGAGAAUAAAGGAAAGUGGAUCUAUCGAGGAGAGUGGAGUCAUGGUUUCAAGGGUCGGUACGGCGUCCGGCAAAGCCACAACACACCUGCUAGAUACGACGGGACCUGGAGCAACGGUCUACAGGAUGGAUAUGGGAUCGAAACCUAUGGAGAUGGCGGAACUUAUCAAGGCCAAUGGAUGGGUGGGAUGCGACAUGGCUAUGGUGUGCGUCAGAGUGUUCCCUAUGGCAUGGCCACUGUCAUCCGCUCUCCACUCCGUACGUCUAUGGCCUCCCUGCGCUCUGAGCAGAGCAAUGGUGCAGUGCUCCAGGACCUCUCCUCCCCUGCAGACACUCCGACAGGCAGCCGCGGUGGCUUCGUCCUCAACUUCCACUCAGACAGCGAGGUUGUCACCGGCAAGAAGAAGGGCCUGUUCCGCCGCGGCUCACUCUUUGGCAGCCUGCGACAGUUGCGCAAGUCUGACUCUCGGACCUCAAUCUCCAGCAAGCGCAGCUCUGCGAGAAGUGACGCCACCAUGAGCCGCAUCAGUUCCAGUGAUGCCAACUCUACCAUAUCCAUCGGUGACGGCGAGCUGCCAGAUGAGGACCUACCUCAGGAGGACCAUGUGGAUGCCACCACAACUGAGACCUACAUGGGCGAGUGGAAGAAUGACAAGCGCAAUGGAUUUGGUGUAUCCGAGAGAUCCAAUGGGAUGAAAUAUGAAGGAGAAUGGCUUAACAACAAGCGCCAUGGUUACGGGUGCACGGUUUUCCCAGAUGGCACCAAAGAAGAAGGGAAGUACAAAAAUAACGUGCUGGUGCGUGGAAUAAGAAAGCAGUUGAUUCCUCUUAAGAACCCCAAAACCAAAGAGAAGGUAGAUCGGGCUGUGGAGGGGGCACAGAGGGCUGCAGCCAUUGCGAGGAGUAAAGUGGAAAUAGCAGCAUCCAGAACGGCCCAUGCUAGGACAAAAAGUGAGGCUGCAGACCAGGCCGCGAUCUCUGCUGUGCAUGAAUCUGAAAUUGCCAGGGCGGUUGCCCGGGAGCUCUCACCCAACUUCUAUCAGCCAGGUCCUGACUAUGUAAAACAACAGUUAAAGGAGCCGGUGGAGAUUAAGGAGGUCCCUGUCGAAAAGAAGGACAGCUCUCCGAGAGAUUCGCCCCACUUUUAUCGCAAAGGUACCACUCCUCCCCACUCUCCUGUGGCCAGUCCUGCAGCCACACCUCCCCCCUCACCUCAGUCCAGCAAGAAGAAAGGACAGCUCGCCAACAGCACCAGCCGCAAAACCAGCAAAGAAGAAAAACCUUCCCGCAAGGUUAGCAAAGAAGAGAAACUAAGUCAGAAGACCAGCAAAGAUGAACGGUCUAGUAGGAAACUGAGUAAAGAAGAAAGGCAGCCCGUCACUGAUGGCCCCAAAAGUUCUCAGGCGCAAAUCGAGGCUCCACCUAAACCCACUAAAGUUCAGCAGUCUGCCCCAGCAUCUGCACCCCCUUCACAGCCUCCUGCAGUUCCAGUCAAUGGCCAGCUCCACAGUGAAUAUCACAGUUACUAUGUCAAGGCUCCUACAAGGGUCCCUCCACCCCCAGAACCUGAAGAAGAACCAGAAGAAGAGCCUAGUGCGCUGGCCUUGGCACGUAUGCCCCCACAAUCCUCUAGGUCUUUUAGUACACCCACUCCUAAGCCAGCAUCUAUACGGGAGAACAAGAGUGACCAGAAACUCAGGAAGCAGGAUUCCCUAAAGCCAAAGAGCCUCGCAGACACAAAGAAAGCUAGCAUGGAAAUCGCAGAAAGCACGGAAGAAACAGGUCCUAACUCAAUCCUUGUUGCUAUGGUAAUGCUGUUGAAUAUUGGCCUCGCAAUUAUAUUUGUCCAUUUUCUGACAUGAUGAUGCUGUUUCUCAGUGGAACCAUGGCAACUGGUACAGUUGCAUUGUCGGCCUUGAAACAUGAAAAUGCCGCCAGUGAAACACGGGGAUGGCCAAAGGAAUCAGCAUGAAACUGAAGAGAAUCAAGAGGAAGGCAAAGAUACCACCAACCUGUUACUGGCCUUGUUUAGGGCCAGCCCCGUGAAUUAGCACUCCUUUGGCUUCUCUAAAAGCUAAGGUGAAAUGUUGUGUCUAGUGAGAUAAAGAAAAUGUUUAAAAAUUGCAACCAAACAUACACAAUCUAAACAAAAAAAAUAAAAAAAUUAAUUAAAAAAUAAGUAAUUGAAACCCACACAUAUGCUGAUCCAAGCACAGGUCUCUGUAGCCCACUUCCACUGCCUUGGCAGAGAUAGCAGUUGGCUGACGGACUGUGCUGGAAGAGUGUGGAGAUGCACUUUUAGAUGACGGGAGCAAACAGCUGCCUUUCUAUUUUGCCAUCUGACGUUUUGAUGGGGAGAUGUGAGCCCGGCCCGAGAAAAAGGGGGGGGUGGAGAUCACAGCGGGAGCGCGCUCGGGUGUUCGGAGCAUUUUCUGGGGUUCUCGCCACUCUUGCAAGAGGAAAGUGGGCAUGGCCGCUGCCAGCAGUCAGUGCUAGCACGGUCACUAGCCAGUCUUACUCUGUUAACCCAAACAUCACUGCACCUUUCUCGAGCUCCGUCCAUUGUGAUCCAGGAUACACUGCUUUGAAACACUCCCCGUGCAUGGUACAGUUUUAACACUUUGUUUUUGUUUCUUUUUUUGUUCUAAUGUAGUUCUUUUUUUUUUUUUUUUUUUUUUUUUGUUCAUAGAUGUUCUAUCAAUGUUGGUUACCUGCCGUCAUUUUGCUUGUAGAAAUCUGUUCUCUUCUUGGAAUGAAUAAAUACAUUUUGCUUUCCCUUUUUCUUUGAACUUUGUUCAUUUCCAACAAUUGAGCUGUAAUUUGACAUUACACAACCGCGUAACUGAAUGUGCAAUAUGUUUUAAAAGCUUAAAGUAUAUUUUGCCAAAAAAAAAAAGGAGGGGGGGGGGGCACCAUUAUAAACAUCCUUUUUUUCCCCAUUUAUUUUGUGAGACACAUCUUUUUAAUAGACUGGUUUGGAGAGAAGUGGUAAUUGACAGCAGUCGUUAUGAUUAGAAAGUUGGAUUUUAAAAGCUUGCAAGCUCUGAAAGUAACAAAUGUCUUAUUUAUGAAUCAAAAGGAAAAUUAUUUCAUUGUACAUGCCUAGACCAUUGAGCUUGGAUUUCAUUGCUCUAUUCUUUGCUUUCAUUAUACCACUAAGAUGCAAAAACGCAGCUCACACAGCUGCCUGUGUAAGCCCAGAAAUGCUUGCUUGCUUAUGAGACUGGAUCAAGACAGUUUUGUGGACAGUUUAUUCAGGUCAAGGCCAUGGGGAAUGUGGCUGCAGGGAGAAGAGAGAUGCCUUCAAAAGUCUUUAACAGUGCUACUGUUUACCUCAAAAAUGAUGAGGAAGCGGGUGGGGGGAAGAAAUGCCAUCCUUGUCUUAACUUUGUUGUUUAUGGGAAAUACUCUUGACUGUUGUCAUCACCUGAACCGUGCUUUUAACUUGCCUCAUCGUAGCUGCUUGUAGUCUUUGUUGCAGGUAUGGCAUGAGUUUCUUUGAUUUUCAAAGUGGUUAUUUAUAUAUGGUGGGCAUUUACUGUCACCUCUACCAAGAUUUAAUUAUUUAUUCAUUGUAUAUCUGAUGAGUUUGUGCACAUUGGUCAUCACGGA